AGGCUCAUCUAUUAUUUGGAGACAAAGAGUAUCUAUUCAUAUUCCAGGAAGCAUACAGAGCAGUAAUGACCUAUCUAUAUAGUGACCCCUGGUAUGUUGAAGUAAAUAUGAAUUCUGCUGCUCUUGUAUGGCCAUUAUUUAACAGCCUGCAGGCGUUCUGGCCAGGCCUUCAGGUUUUAGCUGGGGACAUUGAGCCUGCCAUUCGAACACAUGCUGCCUUCUUUAGUGUCUGGAAAAAAUAUGGUUUUACACCUGAGGGUUUCAACCUUGCCACGCUCAAUGUUCAACCAUCCAAUCUUGAUCUUACGGUUAUAAGUAAACAUCAACCCUAGUUUCCUCUGCCGGUAGCAACCACAGAAGGCCCCUGCCCUCUGUCACCGCAACCACCGCCGGUCUCCAUUUCCGUCAUGAACCACCAAUGCCCCCAUUCAAUCUUAGCCGUUAUGUCAAGAUUCGGUG